UUUUGUCUACCCUGAAAUUGAAAUUGGAAAUUGAAUCGCGUCACUUACUGAGAAUAGAUAGAGGGGUUUUGUCUAUCCUCAAAUUGGAAUUUGAAUCGCGUCGCUUACUGAGAAUAGGUGGAGGGGUUUUGUCUACCCUGAAAUUGGAAUUUGAAUCGCGUCGCUUACUGAGAAUAGGUGGAGGGGUUUUGUCUACCCUGAAAUUGGAAUUUGAAUCCCGUUGCUUACUGAGAAUAGAUAGAGGGGUUUUGUCUACCCUGAAAUUGGAAUUUGAAUCGCGUCGCUUACUGAGAAUAGGUGGAGGGGUUUUGUCUACCCUGAAAUUGGAAAUUGAAUCGCGUCGCUUACUGAGAAUAGGUGGAGGGGUUUUGUCUACUCUGAAAUUGGAAUUUGAAUCGUGUCGUUUACUGAGAAUAGGUAGAAGGGAAGAACAUGCGUCCUCGAGCAGCUCCGACAUGUGAAAUCUGCGAGAAAGUUGUAUCCAAGUACAAGUGUCCCUCUUGUCUUGUUCCUUACUGUUCCUUGGGUUGUUUCAAGAAGCACAAAGAGACUCCAUGUGCUAAACCUUCUGCACCCGAGGAGAAGCCAGCAGCUUCUCCAGCAAAGCAAGUCUCGGUGGAGACAAAAGAUGUGGUAGUAAAGACAGAGCACAAGGCUAGUGCUUCAUCUGCUGCAAAGGAUAUUCCCGUGGCGAGACCACCAAUAACUGUGGAGGAAGAAAAGUAUGUUGUAGAGAAGACCCAGCUCGAGGCUAUCGCUUCUUCUAGUGAAAUCAGAGAAGCUCUAAAGGAUGAAGCCCUUCAGAAACUCAUCUCCAGUAUCGAUAGUUCUUCCAACCCUCUGCAGGAACUCGAUGAAGCCAUGGGAGUCGAAGCUUUCCGGGUACUCACAGAAAAGAUUCUAGCCAACAUUUCCAAGAGUAAUGACAAGCAAUGAUCGUAGUUGGUUGGUUGGGGCAUGCAAACACAAGUUCUAGUAGUACUCACUUUAUUAUUGUUUUCUUUACAGGAGAGAUAUUUAUUGGCCUAAUAUAUAUAUAAAAAACACAAAGCCGUUUUGAUAACGCAUACAUCUCUUCUCAGACGUAUCUAACCUGUAUAAAGAGGAGCUACAUAACUUCACGAUAAUUUACAUGUUUUAUUCUCUCUGUUUACAUCUUCAACUCUGUGGAUAUGCUUGAAGAUGUAAAGAUGUAAACAGAGAGAAUAAAACAUGUAAAUUAUCGUGAAGUUAUGUAGCUCCUCUUUAUACAGGUUAGAUAAGUCGGAGAAGAGAUGUAUGCGUUAUCAAAACGGCUUUGAGGAGGAGGUUGUUGCAUUUGUUGGAGACCUACAAACUGGGUAUAAGGAUUAAAGUAACCCGGAAACUGAAGCUGGUUCUGGACCGGGUCAGGCUUUUGGACUCUGGAUGGAAAAGGAUAUCGCGGUACUGGAUACGGUACCUUUCGCUUUCCUUUCGCUUCCUCUCAUCCUCCGCAGCAGCUUUCGUCUCUGUCACCGCCACUGGUUGUAUCUGCGCCACUCCGCCGGUGACUGUCUCCGGUGGCAGACAGGACUCCGAUACCGAAGACGACGGCGUCGAGCUUGAUCCCACCUUCGACAAGUCUCUCACCACCGGAACCCACGGUCCAGCUGCUGCUUCCACUCUUGGCCUCGAUAAGCUGGUGAAGUUCUCCGCCCUUCUCAAGUGUAUUGGUCUCUCUGCAGCCGUGGGAGUGUUAAUAACACUAGCUGGUGGUGGUGGUUGUAACGGUAGUGGUGGUGGGAGAGGGAGGGCGGAGUAGAAAAGAUGGGGGCGGAACUCAUCUUCUUCACCGAGAGGAGGAGGAGGAUGGUGGUGAAGCCAAGACUCCAUUUCAUCUUCACCCUAAAGGGAGAAAAAACAAGAGAAGAGAGAUACUGGGAGUUAGCUAAGGAUCUUUAUGUUAGAAAAGAUAAUAAUAAUGAUCUAAAAUAUUUUUAGGUCAAAUGAUUUAACGAUCUGAUACCAUGAAAUCUAGUAUAUUUCUUUGAGUAUAUAUUUAUGUAUGUAUAACGUUAUUUUUUUAAAUCUGGCUAUGCAACAUUUACAAGA